AUGAGCCCAUCCGCUAUUGAUGAUGCUCCGUCGCACCUCGACGUGAAGCCAUCCAAGGCCAACAUUGGCGUUUACACCAACCCGGCGCAUGACCUUUGGAUCAACGAGGCCGAGCCCACUGUUGAGGACGUGCAGAAUGGUAGUUCUUUAAAGCAUGGCGAAGUGACCGUGGCCGUCAAAAGCACAGGAAUUUGCGGGUCGGACGUUCACUUCUGGCACGCAGGCUGCAUUGGCCCCAUGAUUGUCGAGGGUGACCACAUAUUGGGACACGAAUCCGCCGGACAAGUCAUUGCCGUACAUCCUUCGGUCAAGCACCUCAAAGUCGGCGACCGAGUAGCGAUCGAGCCAAACGUCAUUUGCAAUGAAUGCGAGCCGUGUCUUACUGGCAGAUACAAUGGUUGCGAAAAGGUCGAGUUCUUGUCAACACCUCCCGUACCAGGUCUCUUGAGGCGUUACGUGAACCACCCUGCUGUCUGGUGCCACAAGAUCGGUGACAUGACGUACGAGAAUGGCUCGCUACUUGAGCCGCUCAGCGUCGCCCUGGCCGGCAUGCAGCGUGCCAAGGUGCAACUCGGAGACCCGGUUCUGAUCUGUGGUGCUGGGCCCAUUGGACUCAUCACUCUGCUUUGCGCAAAGGCUGCUGGGGCUUGCCCUCUGGUCAUUACUGACAUUGAUGAGGGUCGCCUGAAGUUUGCAAAGGAGCUCUGCCCGUCUGUCAUUACUCACAAAGUCGAGCGGGCCAGCGCCGAGGAUGCGGCCAAGGCUAUAGUCAAGACCUUUGGCGGCAUCGAGCCCACAGUUGCGCUGGAAUGCACGGGCGUUGAGAGCAGUCUAGCUGCAGCUAUCUGGGCUGUCAAGUUUGGAGGCAAGGUCUUUGUCAUUGGUGUUGGCAAAAAUGAGCUAAACUUCCCUUUCAUGAGGUGUAGUACCAGAGAGGUUGACUUGCAGUUCCAGUAUCGAUACUGCAAUACCUGGCCGCGUGCUAUUCGCUUGGUGCAGAACGGAGUCAUUGACCUGGCCAAGCUGGUAACGCAUCGAUACAAGCUAGAGGAAGCACUCGAGGCGUUCAAGACGGCAGCUGAUCCAAAGACUGGCGCGAUCAAGGUGCAGAUCCAGAGUCUCGAUUAG